AUGGUGCCCACCACUCUUUUCUUCUCAUGCGCCGUGCUGGCGAUUGCCAACGUCGUUGGCGCGGUUCCGUAUGCCGCUAAACCGAAGCCAGUCGUGCUUAACCCAGCUAAACUCGUCGCCGCCAAAGUGAGGUUGGACGCAGGGACCGCCAGUCCUGCUCUCAAGGACUCGUUAGCGGCUCUUACUACCCAAGCCGACGAAUGGCUCAACAAAGGGCCCUGGGCUGUCACCAACAAGACCAUCACUCCCCCCGGAGGAAAUAUCCACGACUACGCUAGUCAAGCGCCCUACUGGUGGCCGUCAGACUCGGCCGAUGGCUGCCCCUACAUCCAGAAAGACGGUGUGAGGAACCCGGAGACCGAGAGAUAUACCGACCACGGAGAGCGUGCAGAUAUGUUCAUCGCCAGCUAUAUUCUCAGUCUCGCCUGGUGGUAUACUGGAAACGAGGCUUAUGGUCGCCGUGCUGGUGAUGUCUUGCGAACGUGGUUUAUCGAUGAAGCGACGCGAAUGACCCCGCAUCUCGACCACGCCCAAAUCAUUCCCUGCGCCAACACUGGGCGAGCAAUUGGCAUUAUCGACUUCUCCCAGGGGUACACCAGUGUCCUCGAUGCGGCCGCCCUUCUCGCGGCAGGUGCGCCUGGCUGGUCGCAAGCCGAUGCUGAAGCCUUCAAGCAAUGGAACGUCCAAUAUUUAGAUUGGCUCGAAAACAGCGAGUUUGGCAAAACCGAGACGGCAGCCAAGAACAACCACGGGCCCUUUGCUAUCAUGCAGAGCGCAGGAAUAGCCUUGUUCGUCGGCAAUACUGGCCUUGCUGCGAGUAAAGCCGAGGCGAUGAAGUCUCGCAUCAACCAAUACAUCACCGCCAACGGCUCCCAGCCGCAGGAACUCGUCCGCACACGCAGCUACCACUACUCCGUCUUUACCCUCGUCGCCUACACCCGUGUUGCUGACAUUGGCAAGAAAGUUGGUGUUGACUUGUGGGGCUACAAAGGCCCAGACGGGCAGAGCAUCAUGCAAGCCAUCAACUUCGUAACCCCAGCUGCAACUGGGGCCGCGCAGUGGACGUUCCCCGAGACCGAAUUCGAGGCCUACAUUGCAACCGAUGUCGUCCAUUCUGGCGCCGACAACGGAAACCAGGACGCCAAAGCAGCGCUCAAGAGUAUCCCCAAACCCCCCACCGGUGAUUUGUGGUUCGUCCGCCCCGCCGUUGAACAACUGGACCCUGCUUAA